UCAGAAAAUUAUCCAACUGCUGCCAAGCCGAAAAUUGAAGGCCUAUUAUCCAAUUAACGGUUCAUGCCACCAUCUCUCGCUCUGCCAUUCCUACGCUGUCAUAUUCCUACUUCUUCACCUUUUUUACUCACUCGUUGUUCCACCACCGCCGUCGCCACCGCGUUUUCUCAGAGUGAAUCUAGCCUUAGGAAAACCAUGGAUCGUUUGGCAGGGAAUGCAAACCUCAUGAUUGUCUCAGAUCUUGAUCAUACAAUGGUUGAUCAUCAUGAUUCCGAGAAUCUCUCUCUUCUUAGAUUCAAUGCACUGUGGGAAUCAAAAUACCGUAGUAAUUCUUUGUUAGUUUUCUCAACUGGGAGGUCACCCACACUAUACAAGGAAUUAAGGAAAGAGAAGCCCAUGCUAACGCCUGAUAUCACGAUAAUGUCUGUGGGAACUGAAAUUACAUAUGGCAACUCUAUGGUACCAGAUGAUGGUUGGGUUGAAUUUCUAAAUCAGAAAUGGGACAGGAACAUAGUAUCUGAAGAAACACGCAAGUUAAGCGAACUUACUCUUCAGUCUGAUACAGAACAAAGACCACACAAAGUAAGCUUUUAUGUCCAGAAGGACAAGGCGCAAGACAUUAUGAAGUCUCUUUCAACUCGCUUUAAAGAACGUGGGUUGGAUGUUAAGAUAAUAUACAGUGGAGGGAUGGACUUGGACAUUUUGCCACAGGGUGCUGGUAAAGGGCAAGCACUUGCUUAUCUGCAUAAAAAAUUCAAAGCCGAGGGUAAAUUACCUAAAAACACACUUGUUUGUGGCGACUCUGGAAAUGAUGCAGAACUAUUUAGUAUUCCAGAUGUACAUGGUGUCAUGGUUAGUAAUGCCCAGGAAGAAUUAUUGCAGUGGCAUGCUGCAAAUGCCAAAGCUAAUCCUAAAAUAAUUCAUGCAACAGAGAGAUGUGCAGCAGGUAUUAUACAAGCCAUUGGUCACUUUAAACUGGGUCCAAGUACAUCCCCCAGAGAUGUUACGGACUCAUCUGACGCUAAGAUGGAGACCUUUGAUCCUGCUUAUGAAAUAGUGAAAUUUUACUUGUUUUACGAGAGGUGGAGACGUGCUGAAGUGGAACAAACUGAGCAGUAUUUGGCAAAUCUAAAAUCAGUUUGUUCUCCAUCUGGAAUUUUUAUUCAUCCAUCUGGAAGUGAGCAACUACUCAGUGACUGUGUAAGCUCACUGAGAACAUGUUAUGGGGACAAACAAGGGAAACAAUUUCGGGUUUGGGUAGAUCAGGUUUUACCUCAACAGGUUGGUUCUGACUCCUGGCUGGUGAAGUUUAAGAAAUGGGAGCAAUCUGGUGAAGAGCGGCAAUGUUGUCUGACUACUGCUUUAUUAAGUUCAAAAGAUGUGACUGUUACAGAAGGGCUCACUUGGGUGCAUGUCCAUCAGACAUGGUUGGAUGGAACAGGGCCAAACGGUCAAACAUCCUGGUUAUUCUAGGUUUGCCCCACUCGUCUUGCAUCUUAUUUGUUGUAUCAAAAUAAAUGUAAUUGCUACAUUCUGUAGCUUACUGAUGGUCAUUUCUCCUGUUAUUGAUAAUUCAUAUACACCAUCCAAUCAUAUGAAAAUCGCUUUUAUUUUCAGUUAUC